AGAAAAUAAGAAACAACACAAAAAGAUGAAAACAUUCGGAUUGAUGAUGAUCUCUUUCUUGCUAGUUGCAAUAACAACAACAUCCGGUGUUGUUGGUGAGGGUAACGACGUGGUUUAUGAUGGCGAAGGAGAUCCGGUUAAGCCCAACGUUCCGUAUUACAUCAGCUUCAUGACGUCGGAUUACAACAUGUGGAUCUGCCGAAGGCAAUAUGGAUCUACUGAUCCCAACUCAUGCCCACAACAACCGUUAAUGGUCACACAUCCAGAUAUAGCAGCACCCACACCGGUAAUGUUUGUAUUAGCAUCCAAAUCAGAUGUCGUACGUGAAUCAGCCAAACUUAAGAUUAAGUUCGUAGGUCCUCGCAAGUGUGGUCAAUCCGGGUUUUGGAGAGUUGCUCAGAGAAACUCUUUAGAAGGUGAAGUAGUCCUCAACGGAUCUAAAUCUAAGUCAAACAAUGACAGUACGUUCGCCAUCCAUAAAACUAACGAAUACUACAAGUUCACUUUCGGUGACGGUGACUAUCCAACGACUAUCAGUAUGACCAACGAUUAUCCGAUAUAUAGGUUGUUAUCGAAGAGGUUAUCUGGAGAGAUGGAGAUUUAUUUCUACAAGAACCUGACUAUGGGUGAAUACUAAUGUUUUCAUUUCAAAAAUCAAAAUAAAACUUUGUUGUAAUAACAUGAAUACGCAAUAAAUGAUCAAAUAAACU